AUGGUGCAGAGAGGCCUGCUGCUGCGAGCCAGCGACCACCAGGUGGCGGAGGUGGCGGUGCCGCUGCCACCGGCAGACCCCAAUGCGCUCCAGCCAGGCAGCUACGCCCCGCUGCUGCCAGGAGCAGACCGGGAACAUCUUCUGCUGGCCGCGGUCCCGCUGAGCGAAGCAGCCGGCAAGCGUGUCGUGCUGGUGUACGAUGCCAGCAGCAGUGGUGCACUCAAUGCCAUCGCCACGCGGCUGACCACUGGCGCAGAUAAGGACAGGCUGGAAGUGCGGGGCGAUGCGCUGGCCUUCUACGCCCAGCCUGGCGCCGACCUGGGGCGCCGCGACUGGCAGCAGCUGGACAACGCCAUUUACGAUGAGCUGUCUGACCCCGGUGCCGACAUGCAGCAGGUGGUGGCAGACCUGAAGGCGGGGCGAUACGACUGCAGCAAGCGGCACGAGGGCGAGGAGGGUGAGGAUGUGAACAAGGAUGAUGCGGGGGAGGACCUACAGGAUGCGCUGCGCGAGGCGUGA